AUGUCUUGUCAGGACCCUACCGAGUAUGAUCAAAUUAGCACACUACCGAAUGGCCUCCGUGUAGCCACCGAGGCCUUGCCUGGACCAUUUUCCGCAGUGGGAGUAUACGUAGACGCAGGUUCCCGAUAUGAGACUGAAGAGCUGAGCGGCGUCAGUCACAUUGUUGAUCGGCUGGCGUUCAAGUCAACAAACUCGAGAUCCUCAGACGAAAUGCUGGAAUCAAUGGAAAACCUUGGAGGUAACAUCCAAUGUGCAUCUUCGAGAGAAUCCAUGAUGUAUCAGUCUGCAACUUUCAAUACCUCUAUUCCUGCUGUGGUAGACCUUCUAGCCGAGACGGUCCGUAAUCCAAAGAUAUCAGAAGAGGAGGUGUCUCAGCAACUGGAGACUGCCGAAUAUGAAAUCAAUGAGAUCUGGUCAAAGCCGGAGCUUAUCCUCCCCGAAUUGAUCAAUGUGGCAGCUUAUCGAGGCAAUACGCUGGGCAAUCCUCUGCUUUGCCCUCAGGAGCGGAUACCGUUCAUCAACAAGAUGGUUGUUGAGAAGUAUCGGAAAGCCUUCUAUAAACCAGACCGCAUCGUGCUAGCAUUUGCUGGAGUGAAGCACGAAAAGGCCUUGCAACUGGCUGAGGAAUAUUUUGGUGACAUGCCCCAACGAGAACCCGUGCUCUCGCAAGUUGGUUCAGAGACAUCUUUUACGCCGGCUGCCUUCGCAAGCCAACCAGCUCAAUCACCGCCCUCCCCUCCACAAUUCCCCACUACGUACUCAACUCCAUCACCCCCUGGUCAAGUCCCUCCUCAGCAGGUUUCAAGACUUGCCUCGCACAUCCCGUUUUUCAAGAAUCUCUCAACGUCAGCAGCACCACAAGCCUCGAUAUCUCCUGUCCAACCUUCAUCAACAGACCAAAGCUCUCCACUUAGUUCACCAUCACAUUACACUGGUGGCUUUUUAUCUCUACCAAAACUCCCUCCUCCUGUGAACCCUGCACUACCCGACCUCACCUACAUUCAUCUAGGCUUCGAAGCCCUUCCAAUCUCAUCAGACGACAUCUACGCACUCGCAACCUUACAAACCCUCCUCGGUGGUGGUGGCUCUUUUAGCGCCGGCGGCCCUGGCAAGGGCAUGUACUCCCGCCUCUACACAAACGUACUCAACCAGCACGGUUGGGUCGAAUCGUGCAUCUGCUUUAACAAUUCUUACACCGACUCUGGCCUCUUUGGCAUCAGUGCAAGCUGCGAUCCCACACGAACGAAGCACAUGAUUGACGUGAUGUGCCGUGAACUACAUAAUCUGACCCUAGAUACUGGCUUCUCUGCUUUGCAAACUGCAGAGGUCAAUCGAGCCAAGAACCAGCUCAGAAGCGCUCUCUUGAUGAAUCUCGAAAGCCGAAUGGUUGAGCUUGAAGAUCUUGGUCGGCAGGUCCAGGUGCACGGGAAGAAAGUCGGGGUCAAGGAGAUGUGCGCUAAGAUCGAUGCUCUGACAGUGAAAGAUCUUAGGAGGGUGGCGAGGAUGGUUUUCGGAGGACUAGUCAACAAUCCUGGUAGUGGUAGCGGGGCUCCCACCAUUGUAUUGCAGGAAGGUCAUGCGGCGCCAGAAAAGCUGGUGAAUUGGGAAAUGAUACAGGAAAAGAUCGCAAAGUGGAACCUAGGAAGAAGGUAA